AUGGGCGCGGGGGCAGCGGGGGUGCGGGUGGGGGACCCGGUGCUGCGCACGGGGAAGCCGCUCUCAGUGGAGCUGGGGCCCGGCAUCCUGGGCUCCAUCUUCGACGGGAUCCAGCGCCCGCUGCGGGACAUCGCCCAGCUCACCCGCAGCAUCUACAUCCCGCGGGGCACCAACGUCCCCGCGCUGCCCCGGCACCUCACCUGGGACUUCGCCCCCAGCAAGAACGUCCGGGUGGGGAGCCACCUCACCGGCGGUGACAUCUACGGGACGGUGAUGGAGAACUCGCUCAUCCAGCACAGGAUCAUGGUGCCGCCCCGCAGCCGGGGCACCGUCACCUACGUCGCCCCUCCCGGGCACUACAGCGAGGGAUGGGGAUGGGGACCGGGGUCCCCCCUGCCUCCAUGGGGACGUAGCGGGGCGCUGUCAGGGGACUGCAGCCGCCGCUCUCUGCUGUCCCCACGCGUCCCCGUCCCCAGGUGCGUGCAGGGAGGCACCACGGCCAUCCCGGGCGCCUUCGGCUGCGGCAAAACCGUCAUCUCCCAGUCCCUGUCCAAGUACUCCAACAGCGACGUCAUCGUCUACGUGGGCUGCGGCGAGCGGGGCAACGAGAUGUCUGAGGUCCUGCGGGACUUCCCCGAGCUCACCAUGGAGGUGGACGGGAGGACGGAGACCAUCAUGAAGCGCACGACGCUGGUGGCCAACACCUCCAACAUGCCGGUGGCCGCCCGCGAAGCCUCCAUCUACACCGGCAUCACGCUCUCCGAGUACUUCCGCGACAUGGGCUACCACGUCAGCAUGAUGGCCGACUCCACCUCCCGCUGGGCCGAGGCGCUGCGCGAGAUCUCGGGGCGCUUGGCUGAGAUGCCGGCAGACAGCGGCUACCCGGCUUACCUGGGCGCCCGCCUGGCCUCCUUCUACGAGCGCGCGGGGCGAGCGCGCUGCCUGGGCUCCCCUUCCCGCGAGGGCAGCGUCAGCAUCGUCGGCGCCGUGUCCCCGCCGGGAGGGGACUUCUCGGACCCCGUCACCUCGGCCACGCUGGGCAUCGUGCAGGUGUUUUGGGGGCUGGACAAGAAGCUGGCGCAGCGCAAGCAUUUUCCCUCAGUCAACUGGCUGAUCAGCUACAGCCGGUACCUGCGGGCGCUGGAGCCCCACUACGAGGGGCUGCACCCCGAGUUCCCCGCCCUGCGCAGCCGGGCCAGGGAGAUCCUGCAGGAGGAGGAGGAGCUGGCCGAGAUCGUCCAGCUGGUCGGCAAGGCGUCCCUCGCCGAGGCUGACAAGGUGACGCUGGAGGUGGCGAAGCUCCUCAAGGACGACUUCCUCCAGCAGAACGGCUACUCCUCCUACGACAGUGGGGACAGCGACCCCCUGGGGGACACAUGGAGGUGA